UGAAAAAAUCCCCUGCCUGCACAUCAACCAACCGCCUCGCUUUGCAGCUCUUGGCGCGCAAGGAAAAAUCCAUCCAUCCCUAGGUACCUAAAACUCGAGCUUCAGCUCGCUGUCGCCUUAACUUGUUUUCCUCCUCUUCUUCAUUUUCUCUUUCUUCGUUUUAACAUUUACACCAUUAUAUACGACCUUCUCACCUCUCAGCACCAUCUCUCCAUUAUCAGAUUUGCUACACCUUAGGUUACCUGCGCGAGCGUAGCCGUCUCUUCACCGCUUGAGAAUUGCGCGCGUUCGAAGCACCGCCGAGAUGCUGUUCGCUAUCUUCUUCGCCUUUUGGCGAUUCAUGCAGAUCAUUACACUGAUCCCGACGAUGGGCAUGCUGGCUUACUUCGUCAACGGCUACGUGCAGCUCAACGAGCUCACGCCCAACUACAUCCUGGUCCUGUUUAUCGUGUCGGUGCUGGCGUUGGCGUGGUCCAUCUACACGCUGUUCAGCUACCACCGCUCGUCGGCGAACGCGACCUUCGUCGCCCUCUUCGACUUGCUGUUCGUGGGGGCGUUUAUCGGGGCGGUGUGGGCUCUGCGCAUGAUUGCCAGCGCCGACUGCGCGCAGAUCACGCGCGGCGACCCGUACGACAUCCUCUUCGGGCCCUUCGGCAGCGCCUCCGUCGCGACUUGGGACGCCAACGUCGACAAGACGUGCGCCAUGCUCAAGGCCUGCUUCGCGUUCGGCAUCAUGAACGCCGUCUUCUUUUUCGUCACCAGCAUCCUCGCCUGCCUGCACGGCGACCGCACCGGCUCCUCUGACCGCACAUCCUACUACCGCGAGACGCAUUCUCACCGCCACGGUCACCGCAGCAGCCGCAGUCCUCACAGCAGACACAGCACGCACUCACACCGCCGUGUCUACGUGUAAGAAGGCGGGGCUUGUUAGUAUAUACCUAAACCGGCGCUAGA